AAAUUACCAAUAUCUACUUAGUAGUUUUACUUGCGGAAAGAUACGCAAUUUCCAUGUUCCAAGGGGUUCUUUUUCGGAGCAGUACCCAGAAAAAAUGUGACUUUUGACAAACUAAAAUGCUUCGUUUAGUUUAUGUUUACACCCAUGUUGUUUUGUGUAUAUGUAUGAACAAUUUCCAAUGGAAACAUUAUGUCAGUGCAGGUUUAAAUAACACGCAUUGCGAAGAAAGUCUGGGAGGUCAAACAGCUUAACAUGGCGACGACUUUGGACAUUUAAAUGAUGAUUUGGGUCAAGUAUUUCUUAGUACUGCGGCGCUGCAGGUGGACAGCGAGCAGGUUUGGAAAGAGAAAUUACAGCUUCAUUCCAGGUGACUCCCUGUUUUACAGAUGAUGUAAAAUCACUGCGAUCAGUUCCCAGCCCGGAUGUGUCCAAAAUCCGCAACAUCGGCAUCAUGGCACACAUCGAUGCGGGAAAGACAACGACGACGGAGAGGAUGCUCUACUACUCUGGCUACACCAGAGCGCUUGGAGAUGUGGAUGACGGUGACACGGUCACGGACUUCAUGGCCCAGGAGAGAGAACGCGGCAUCACCAUUCAGUCGGCGGCAGUCACGUUUGACUGGAAAGGCCACAGGAUCAAUUUGAUAGACACACCAGGUCACGUGGACUUCACUUUGGAGGUGGAGCGGGCUCUCCGGGUUCUGGAUGGAGCUGUCGCUGUCUUCGAUGCGUCGGCGGGGGUCGAGGCCCAGACAGUGACUGUGUGGAGGCAGGCUGAGAAGCAUCACGUCCCAUGUGUUUGCUUCCUGAACAAGAUGGAUAAGCCUGCAGCUAACCUCAGUUUCUCCUUGGAAAGCAUCAGACAGAAGUUGAAAGCCAAUCCGGUUCUCCUCCAGAUUCCCGUUGGGAGCGGCAGAAACUUCUUCGGUGUGGUCGACCUGUUGACCAAUCAGAGGCUGACGUGGAAGCCGACAGAUGACGGGCGCUCUUUUGAAAGCAGACCGCUCAGUGAAUCCAAGCAGGAAGAGGCGGAGCUACUUCGGGAAGUCCGCCAGGCCAGAACGGCUUUAAUUGAGCAGGUUGCAGAUUUGGAUGACGAGUUUGCCGAGUUGCUGCUGACUGACUUUAGUGACAAUUUUGACGCCGUUCCCUCCAUAAAACUCCGUGAAGCGGUGCGGCGGGUCACCCUGACUCGUAAAGGCGUUCCGGUUCUUUGCGGGAGUUCUUUGCGUAACAAAGGCGUUCAACCACUCUUGGAUGCCAUCACGGACUUCCUGCCAGCUCCUGACGAAAGGAGCCAUGACCUGUUGCGCUGGUACAAGGACGACUUGUGUGCUCUGGCCUUCAAAGUUCUCCACGAUAAGCAGCGCGGCCCGCUGGUCUUCCUUCGAAUCUACUCGGGAACGCUGAAAGCACAGACGGCUGUGCACAACAUCAACAGGAACACCACUGAGAGGAUGAGCAGACUGUUGGUGCCUUUUGCUGAUCAGCACGUGGAAAUUCCCUCCAUGACGGCGGGAAACAUCGCCCUGACUGUCGGACUUAAGCAGACGGUAACCGGCGACACCAUCGUUUCCUCCAAAGCGUCGGCCGCCGGCGCCAUCCGCCGUGCAGAGGCUGAGGGCCGGAAAGGUGCGGCUCUCUCCGGAGUCGAGGUCCCAGACCCGGUCUUCUUCUGCACCAUUGAGCCGCCCACCAUGGCUAAACAGGACGAUCUUGAGAACGCACUGAACAAUCUUCAGAGAGAAGACCCCAGUCUGAAAGUCCGGAUUGACCCGGAUUCCGGACAGACUAUUUUGUGCGGCAUGGGAGAACUGCACAUAGAGAUCAUUCACGAUCGUAUCCGAAGAGAGUACGGCAUCCAGACCCAUUUGGGCCCGCUGCAGGUGGCGUAUCGGGAGACCAUCCUCCAUGAGGCCUCCGCCACGGAGACACUUGACCGUUCAGUGGGUGAGAGGAGACACGUGGUGACGGUGGAACUUGUUGUCCGACCGGGUGACAGACAACCUGCUGGGUCACUUCGUGUGGAAUUCAUAAAGGAAGUUGCCGCUACCUUGUCGGAAGAUAUGAGGGAGGCAGUGGCAAACGGAGUACACAGCUCGUACCUCCAAGGUCCAUUAUUGGGCUACCCUCUCCAGGACGUUUCCACGCAGAUCCAGCGCGUCCACACGGAAGCCGGAACAUCUCCGGCCAUGGUUUCUGCCUGCGUGUCCCGUUGUAUGCUGAAGGCUCUCAGGCUGGCUGGUGGGCAGGUCCUGGAGCCUGUCAUGUCCAUGGAGGUGACGGUGGACGAGGAACAUCUGGGUGCUGUGUUAGGCGACCUGGCCCAGAGGAGGGGGACGGUCCGGGAUAUCCAGAGUAGGCAUGAAGACAAGGUGUUGCUGGCUAGUGUCCCGCUGGCAGAGACCAGAGGUUAUUCCACUGCCAUGCGAACACUGACCUCGGGGAAGGCAACCUUUUCCUUGGAGUUGGACACAUACGUGGCCAUGAACACACAGGAGCAGAACACACUUCUGAAGCGAAUGGCCGGCUUGCUAUGAUCGGAUGCAGAUUUGGAUCGACCGCAUGAUGACAAGAACUUUCUAAGACCCUGGACUUGAUUUUUUAAAAUGACCAUCCAUCCAUUCUGUAUGCUGCUAAUACUCAUUGAAAGAGUGUGUGGAGUGUGGGUAACUCAACACAACUCUCACUCCCAUUGACAGUUAUACAACUGGGAAUGCUGGCAUAGAAUGAUCAUGUAGCACUGCAAUUGACAGCAAGACGUUCAAUCUGACUGGAGCGAUUAUGAAAACAUCAUUGAAUAUAGCCCACACCAGAAGCUUAAAUUCAGCCUAAAUUCUGUUUCACUUCUAAGCUUCAAGACUAGAUGGAGCAAGUCACUUAAACAGUGCCUCUCCAUUAUUUCCAAUCAAUGUAGGAAACUGUCGAAUUUCUUUUAUCUUUUUACAUAAACCGUCAUGAAACAAAUCCAAUGUGAUCUUAGUUGUGAUUUUCUUGACGUUUUUGCGUUUGCUGAUAGUUUUCUCUCUGUUCUGCGGUUUUUUUUCAGUCGUGUAAAUAUUAGUUGUCCGAUAAUGACUUUUUAACCGAUAAUCCAAUAUUGUCCAACUUCGAAA